AUGAAGACUAUGGAAUCAGUUAGAUUAAUUUCGGGAAGUGCACAUCCACAAUUUGCCGAACUUUUAUCAAAAGGAAUGAAUAUAGAACUUUCAAAAUGUGAAAGUAAACAUUUUUUAAAUGGUGAAACUAGUGUAAUAUUGGGUGAAUCUGUUAGAUCAGCAUCAGUUUAUAUUAUACAACCAACUUGUUCACCAAAUGUAAAUGAUAAUAUUAUGGAAUUAUUAGUUUUAGUAGAUGCUGUUAGAAGAGCUUCUUCAAAACAUAUUACUGCCGUCAUUCCAUUUUUUGGAUAUGGUAAACAAAAUAAAAAAGAAAAAUCAAGAGAACCAAUUACUGGUAAAUUAAUUGCCAACUUAAUUGAAACUUCAGGUGUAGAUAGAGUAAUUUCAAUGGAUUUAGAGGCAAGUCAAAUUCAAGGAUUUUUUAAUAUUCCAGUUGAUAAUUUAUAUGCAGAACCAUUAAUUGUAAAAUACAUUGAAAAACAUUAUAAACAUUUAGGUGAAAAGGUUGUAAUUUCACCAGCAGUUGAUGGAGUAAAAAGAGCAAAAUUAGUAUCAGAUAAAUUAAAUUGUGAUUUAGCAAUUUUAGAUAGACAAACUAAAGGUGAUAAAGAGGAUAUGAUUUUAGUUGGUGAUGUUAGUGGUAAAGUUGCAAUCAUUAUUGGAUCGAUAGCAGAUACAUGUGAAACUUUAGCAUUAUCAGCAAAAAUAUUGAAAUCAAAAGGUGCAACCAAUGUAUUUGCUUUGGUAUCACAUGGUGAAUUAAGUGGUAAUGCAAUUGAAACUUUAAACAAUUCCGAAUUGGAAGAAUUGGUAAUUACAAACUCUAUUCCACAAACUGAAAAAAGUAAACAAUGUCCAAAAUUAAAAAUUAUAAAUGUCACUCCAAUGUUUUGUGAAGCUUUAAAAAGAAUUAUACAUGGAGAAAGUAUUACAGCUGCUUCUUCAAAAUUUGUAAUUUUAUAA